GUCCGAGAAUAAACGAGUAAAACCAAUAAUAAUUCAGUGAUGUUUCUUUUUAUCCAAUCAACGACAAAACAUUUACCAUUUUAUGUGAUUCUGAUGCGUCACACUGUUGGAUGGGACUGAAUAUUAUCCACACUUGACUGAUUGUUUACUAAAGCUUCUUCUCGUAAAGAGCUACUUGGCGUCUGUUCUUCCGAACCUAAUUUCAGAUGCUUCCGGCUUUUAUUACGCUGCACCUCAUAAAUACGCACGGAGGGGGGUAUUACUCCUGUCCGCAGGCCACUUCCACAUUAUAUUUCUUAUUGUGACAUUUAAACGAUGCCUGUUAUUUGCAUUGUGCCCAUCAGAUGGAGCUACAGAGGCUCGCCAGUCCCACGGAGAUAGUUGAAUGGGAUCCCAGUGUGAUCUGGCACGGAGGCGGGAGGGGAGCGCAGCACACAAGUCCUGGAGGGGGUUUGAGCCAAACGCGUUCUGCUGUCCGACUUUGAUCGACAUUCCUCCGUCUGUCCGGCCCGCAGAGCCGAGCCAAGCGUUCACGCUGCGUAAUUACGCACGGACUCGACAGAUCCGCGGUGUUGCUUCGCCGGGGAGACCCGCGGACAAAGGAAAGCAGGCGGCUCGGAGUACAACAACUGACUUGAGCCGAGAGAGGAGUACUGUUGGAGGGGAAACUGGGGGAAUCUGGAGUCGGAAGUGAUUUGUCUUUUUUUUUUUUUUUUGUAACUCAGUCCAGGAUUUCAGAGACAACAGAGAAUCGGUCUUUGAGACAGAGCAGAAAAAAGGAGUUAGUGAGUGGAAUACGUCCUCAAAACCAGCAUCCAGAUCCUCGGAGCAUGGGAGGAGUUGUCUGCCGGCUGUAAAAUGUACCCGCUACACCGAGAGAGGGAGCAGCCCAUCUUCAGCGCCAGAGCUCAUGUCUUCCAGAUCGACCCGGCCACCAAACGCAACUGGCUGCCGGCCAGCAAGCACGCCGUCACCGUGUCCUUCUUCUACGAUGCCAGCCGCAACGUGUACCGCAUCAUCAGCGUGGGCGGGACAAAGGCCAUCAUCAACAGCACCAUCACCCCGAACAUGACCUUCACUAAAACCUCCCAGAAGUUUGGUCAGUGGGCAGACAGCCGGGCCAACACCGUCUACGGCCUGGGCUUCUCCACAGAGCUGCAGCUGCAGCAGUUUGCAGAACAGUUUAAGGAAGUGAAGGAGGCGGCUCGUCUUGCCAGAGAGAAAUCCCAGGAGCGGUUUGAACUGGCCAACCCCGCUCUGAACAUCGCGGCUCCACAGCUCUCUCAGGAGCUGUCGGAGGACCGUCAUUCUCCACCGCUGCUGACAGUCAACGGGCCCGGGGAGGAAAAGCUGUUUCGUAGCAAGAGCGCCGAAGUGGAGCUGACGGUAGAGAAGGAGCGGGUCAAGAAGAUGUUGUCUGAAGGGUCCAUGUGCGAGAUAAACUUGGAGGCUGAACUCUUCACUCUGCAGGACAGCAAUGCCAAGCUGGUGGCGGCGCUGCAGGAAGCCAACAGCAGCGUGGAGCAGUGGAAGAAACAGCUGGCCGAAUACCAGGAGGAGACCGAUCACCUGCGAGACCAGGUGGCCGAGCUGGAGGCCCAGCUGGGACAUCCUGCUGCUGCUGCUCAGCCUGGUAAAGAGGAGCUGAGUCGGUCGGUGGAAGAGCUGGAAGCCCUGCUGAGCGCCAAAGACCAGGAAAUCCACAGUUUACAGAGCAAGAAAACAGACGUGGGUGAGCUCGAGAAGGAGCGAGAGGAGGCCGUGCAGAGACUCCAGGAUCUGGACAGACGAAACACCGAGCUGGAGGAUCAGGUUCAAAGCGCUGAAAAGACGCUGGCCUCCAACCGGGAGGAGCAGGAGCAGACCCAGGUCGAGGUCCGACGAAUCAUCGAGGUUCUGGACGUCAAAAUCUGCGACCUGAGCAGCCUGAGGGAGAGCCUGUCAAAACUGGUCGAGAAGUAGCCACAGCGGGAGGUUUUUUUUUUGUUUUUUUUUUGUUGCAUCUCCACAGUGAGCACGCGUUUUCCCUCCACGUGUCUAAUAAGAGAAGCCACUGCAAGUCUGUCUGAUCAGUGCAGGUGAACCUUUUUAAAAAGGUGCUACGUAACCAAGUAUCGUGAGCAUUCGACACUUUUCCCACGUCACGAUUUAGCACCACGUUUUUCCUUUUUUUUUUUUUUUUUCGUCACGAGCCCC